CAGAGCUGGUGCCGACUAAUGAUCCUCACCGUCCUGCAGCGUUUAAAACUCCUCGUCAUACCUACAAAAGACAUCUUUACAGCCGCAUCCACCGUUGUCUUAACGUUAUCGCCUGCUGCUGUCUUCUAGAGAGCCUUUGCGCGAAAUGUAAAAGUGCAUUAGAAAUGCUCAGGGAACCGUAUUUCUCCUGAUAAUGAUCCUCAGCUCGUUAAUGCAACAAACAUUUCUCCUCGCUAAAAUAACAACCGGUGGUGUUCUGUUGCGUUCAAGUUUUCAGGUGUGGUAGUGAGCUCAUGGAGAAGCCGUCAUCAUCAGACAGAGCCGUGCUGGAGGAGAGAAAAGGCCUGGUGCAGGAUGAUGGAGUGCUAAGAGGUGCUGAGGGUGGAGAGGUGGCUCCUCAGACCCCGCGGAAGAGCAGCUCCACUCGUUCGUCCCGCAAAAGCUUCCGCCUCGACUACCGGCUCGAGGAGGACGUGACAAAGUCCUGUCGAGACAAACACGGCCGCUGGACAAACCCCUGGCCAACAUGGCGGUUCCCCCCGUACACUACGCUGCUCAGGUUCCUGUUGUUGGAUAAAAACCACAGCAAUGUGCCAUCUAGUAAAGAGGCUCUGGACAGCGAGCUCCCAGUGAUCGAACCGUACUUCGUCCAAAACCCGGACCUCUCUGAAACUGGUCCGGGUCUGAGAGUCACCUGGUUGGGUCACGCCACCGUUCUGGUUGAAAUGGAUGGGCUCAAUAUUCUGACGGACCCAAUUUUCAGCCAGAGGGCCUCACCGUUCCAGUUCAUGGGCCCCAAAAGGUACAGAGGGCCCCCCUGCACCGUGGAACAGCUGCCCAGGAUCGAUGCUGUGGUCAUCAGUCACUCUCAUUAUGACCAUCUGGAUGUCGGAUCUGUAGCCAGCCUCAAUGAGCGCUUUGGAGGGGCGCUACGCUGGUUCGUGCCCCUGGGUUUGAUGGACUGGCUGGUGAAGAUGGGCUGCGAGAAUGUGAUGGAGCUGGACUGGUGGGAGGAGAACUGUGUCCCGGGUCAUGAUGACAUCACAUUUGUCUGCACACCCUCUCAGCACUGGAGCAAACGCACCGCGCUGGAUGAUAACAAGUCUUUAUGGGGCAGCUGGUCUGUUUUGGGUCCUGACCAUCGGUUCUUCUUCGCUGGUGAUACUGGUUAUUGCUCUUCCUUCCAAGAGAUCGGACAGCGCUUCGGACCUUUUGACCUUGCAGCAAUCCCCAUCGGAGCCUACCAGCCCAGGGAUAUGAUGCAGGGGCAGCAUGUGGAUCCAGAGGAGGCUGUACAGAUUCACCAAGACCUUCAAGCCAAACACUCUGUGGCCAUUCACUGGGGGACCUUCGCCCUCGCCUAUGAGUUCUACCUGGAGCCACCAGCCCGUCUCAGAGAGGCCCUGGAGCAGAAAGGACUGAAGCCAGAAUCCUUCUUCACUUUACAUCACGGAGAGUCUCGCCAAAUCGCUUCACAGACAGGAGAUGUCUUUGAAUGAUCCUUUGUGUCUGUAACAAAGAGCAGAACCUGAUGUCUUCAUGUACAUACGGACUCAGUGAUUUCAGAUUGAAAUGCGUUUAUAUGUGCAGCUCGUUCACACUGAAAACAGGAACCUUGAAUGUUCCACAUCCCUGUUUACAUGCUGAACGUUUGACCUUCUGUUGUCAUUGAGCAAUACAGGAGCUGUGCCUCCUCUAUGAACAUGGACAAAACUUAGUACACAAUAACUUGUGUAAUUCUUUCAAAGAUCUGUCCCCGCUGGCUCACAAGAAACAUGAAGAACAGCACUUAUUACUGUAUGCACAGUUUCAGCCAAGUCACAAUUUCAAUAUGUAUAACACAAAUAGGAAUAUUGAAAUGAAAUGAUCACUGUGGUUAUUAAAGCACAGCAGAUUUCAGGAAUAUAAACCACAUUCAGGCCAAAAGAAAAUUCAAGAACAAGUUGAACCACAUUUACUCCUAAAGUAUUAUCAUGAUGAAGUGCUAACAGGAACUUUGGUGCCCAUGAAUGUCACUUGUUUUUGUGAUCUUCACACUGCCUGAACAUAUUUCCAUAUUAAUGUGUGUAAGUCAUGUGUGUGUGUAAAAGUGUGGUGAGGCUAUUAAGAGCAGUGAUUUUCAAAGGCUGGUGCUAGCUCAUGACACAUUUCUUUCUGAAUGUACCGACCCAUACUUAACCAUAGUAGAGUAAACCCAUUUAAAAACCCAGCUGACGCUGAGCCGGCUUCAGCUUCAUUGAAUGUAAGUUUGGUGUAUUGUUCAUGCUUAAAUUUGUUUUUGAUGCUCUGAAAGUACGGCAUAAAGACAUUUUUCCUCUUUG